AUGUUAAAGGAAACCACACCUGCAAAGGUUCAUGAAGGAGAUGACUCCUUGCUUCUGAAAGAGAUGGGAUUUUCAAGCCAUAGAGGAGGUGAAAAAUUCCAAAUGAACCAGUGGGCGACUCCAAGCAGAGGGAAGCAGGUGUUAGAAGCUCCGAGCCCUGAGACUGGGCUUCAGGUGAAGGUACACCUCAGGGUCAGUGUCUGUGAGAUGGAUGUGGAGGAACAAGGAUUACAGCCCCUCGUCUUUGGGUUUUUUCUCUCCAUGUACCUGAUCGCUGUGCUUGGAAACCUGCUCAUCAUAUUGGCCUACAGCUCUGACUCCCACCUCCACACGCCCAUGUACUUCUUCCUUGCCAACCUGUCCUUUGUAGACAUCUGCUUCACAUCCACCACCGUCCCCAAGAUGCUGUGGAACAUCUGGACUCAGAGCAAGGUCAUAACCUAUGCUGGCUGCAUCACACAGCUUUUUUUUUUCAUAUUCUGGGCAGGAUUAGAUGUCUUUCUCCUGACUGUGAUGGCCUAUGACCGUUUUGUGGCCAUCUGUCACCCCCUGUACUAUAUGGUCAUCAUGAACCCCAGACUCUGUGGACUGCUGGUUCUGGGGUCCUGGGUCCUGAGUACCCUGAAUUCCUUGUUACAAAGUUUAAUUCUCAGUAGGGUUAUGGACCCAGAAAAUGAUACAGGAAUUUCAGAAUUUCUUCUUAUGGGAUUUUCAGAAGAACCACAACUGCAGCCCCUCAUAUUUGGGACGUUCCUUUCCAUGUACCUGAUCACUGUGUUUGGAAACUUGCUCAUCAUAUUGGCCAUCAGCUCUGACUCCCAACUUCACACACCCAUGUACUUCUUCCUUGCCAACCUGUCCUUUGUAGACAUCUGCUUCACCUCCACCACUGUCCCCAAGAUGCUGUGGAACAUCCUGACUCAGAACAAAGUCAUAACCUAUGCAGACUGCAUCACCCAGAUGUUCUUUUUCACACUCUUUGGAGGUUUAGACAUGUUUCUGUUGACAGUGAUGGCCUAUGACCAUAGGUUUGUGGCCAUCUGUCACCCCCUGCACUACAUGGUCAUCAUGAACCCCCGGCUCUGUGGACUUCUGGUUCUGGUGUCCUGGGUCCUAAGUGCCCUGCAUUCCUUGUUAGAAAGCUUAAUGGUGCUGCUGCUCUCCUUCAGUAGAGUCUUGGAAAUCCCCCAAUUUUUCUGUGAACUCAAUCAGAUGAUCCAACUUGCCUGUUCUGACACCUUUCUCAACAACAUGGUGUUAUAUUUUGGAGCUAUGUUGCUGGCUGGUGGUCCCUUCAUUGGGAUCAUUUGCUCCUACUUUAAGAUAGUUUCUUCCAUAUGUGGGAUCUCAUCAGCUCAGGGCAAGUAUAAAGCAUUUUCUACCUGUGCAUCUCACCUCUCAGUGGUCUCUUUAUUUUGUUGUACAAGCUUAGGGGUGUACCUUAGUUCUGCUACUACCCAGAGCUCCCACUCAAGUGCCACAGCCUCGGUGAUGUACACGGUGGUCACGCCCAUGCUGAACCCCUUCAUCUACAGCCUGAGGAACAAAGGCAUAAAAGAGGCUCUGAGGAGACUCUUUGGGAUGGUAGCUACAAAAGGGCCAAUUCUCCUGGGCUGA